CGACAAAUUGGUUACAUGAAUAUUGACACAGUGAAACGCGCUGAAAACACUGACAGUGUAGAGGUUGAAUGCAAUGACUCUGCUACAGACAGAGAGGUGACUGCACACCAUUGUAUACAUUAAUUAGCAGGGGAACACAGCGAUGUAAUUUUUGUCGACAUCUUACUGUGUGCCACGAAACCUAGAAAGACUUUAAAUAUACUACAAAGUGACAAAAUGUCCACUGUCGAGGAGGUUCUAAGAAAGAUGCAUUCGGACUUCGCCAAGGAGAAUCCUAUGGAAUCAUCGAAGUUGAAUCAGCUGACUCAAGACAAAGUGCACGAAUACAAAGAGGCUUUUAACAUGUACGAUAAGGACCACGAUGGGAUUCUGUCGGUACAAAAGCUAGGGGCGGUCCUAAGGGCCCUAGGUCAUAACCCUACGGAGAUCGAGAUCCAGGAAAUGAUAGACGAAAUUGAUUCAGAAGGUACUGGAUUUAUUGAUUUUGAGAGUUUUUUGGAUGUCGUCAUGAGCCGUGACUUGGACGAGGAAGACCACGAGGUGGCGCUGCGGGAAGCCUUUAAAAUGUUUGAUAGAGACGGAAAUGGGUAUAUCGACGCGGACGAACUCCGCCUGUGUAUGAUGAACUUAGGAGAAAAGUUGACACUCGAAGAAGUGGAGGAGAUGAUUCGUGAAGUGGACGUGGACUUUGAUGGACGAAUGAACUACGAAGAAUUUGUGAAACUUAUGUGCACGAAAUAUCCACUUACAUAAAUCUGAGACUUGGAACUACUGGUUGGUAUGAUUGCUAGUGAAUAGUGAUAAUCAAGGUCAAGGAGAUACACUUUAUGAUAAUGGACUACCAAGUUCACCCUUUCUCAUUUGAUGAGGCUAUCAAGUAUAUGCAAGCUGUAUAUGAUUAUUUAUUUAUAUAUUUAUUAAGUUGUCUGCCAUUCUUACCAUUCCCUCUCCCAGCUUUGUAGACAGUUAAUGUCCUGAGUACACAUUGCCGACACCAAAAAAGACGGAAGCGUUCUGCAAUAUUCAUAGACAGCAUAGAACAAAUAGCUCCUCUGUGAUUGGUUAUUGUUUUGUUUUUUGAUAACACAAAUGGCAUUGUGAAUAUUUAUGUAUCAUAAAAGUGAAUAUUGAAAACAACGAAAUUUUUUAAAAUCUGUAUCUAAAAUCUAACAGUUCAAUGUAUCUCAGGUAUCUUAUACAUUAUUAUUAAACACAUGUUUUGGAAAGUUUAAUUUCGAAUGAAUUCAAUGCAAGUUUAUAUUGUUUUCUUUAGUUAUAGUUGUUAUUAUCGUUGUUUAGAUAUAUAUGAAAACAAAAUCAAAUGUUAGUGUAUUUUUAAAGGUUUUCAUUUAUUUGAUUUGCAAGCCUAUAGAUUAUUACUUAUCAUUUCAUAAGAAAAUAAUGUUUUCCUUAUAUCAUUUUGUAAGAGGGCGACGGUAGAACAUUCAACUCUAUCAAUUCUACAAAAUCCAUCAUAAUUUAUAUCCAGAACCAGGAAGUGUGAUUGAACCUAAAAUUCAUAAGUAACGUUUUCAUGUGACAUGAUGUUUAGAACAUAGUUCAUUUCUCAUAACAGAUACUUAAAAUUAUUUUAUUACUUUAUUUAAAAUACAAGUAUUUAUUUUUACAUUUUUGGUAUAACAAUUGAGAGAAAUUCUGUCCUGAGGAGGUUGGAUGGUCAACAUUACCAUCGGAUCUUUCUAUAAUUUUAAGAUAUGAUUUUUAAACUAUAAAUAAUAAUUAAGUAAAUAAUUUUUUAUAAUAUUUUUUCUUUUAAAUUUGUGUAUUUUCCUAUACUUUGAUAGGGAGCUCUUCUUUAAAAGGAGAUCAAUUCAGUUUAAAAAUGCCCACGACCGUUGAGCCCUCUUCUUCAUCUGAUAAUUUUUAUUAUCACCUUAGGGAGAAAAAAUGUUUGUAAUUCCCUUCGCUACAAUGCGAUUAACCUUUGUUUUUUCUUGUUUUUUCUUACGUAUUAAAAUGUUACAAAUAAAAUAUAUUAUAAAAACA